CAUCUGAAGAGGAAGAGAGAGUCAGAAGUGAAUUAAUCCUUAGAAUUAGUGCAGGUGAUCGAUCACCUGAUCUCCGUGAUUUCUUCAUGUUCUCCGUGAGACCGUGAACGCACCGCCGUGACGACUGACUGAUAGAAACACGGUCGAGUUUUUAUUUAUUCUUGUAUUUUUAUCAUCUGUUGCUUUUGUGCUGGAGCUGAACUCUUUGCAGCCGCAUGGAGUCUGCAGACGGCCAGCGGGGGCGGGACGGCGGCAGUCAGAGGCGCUCCCCUCUCGACGUCAUCAUGAGCCAGAUCCGCAGGAAGCGUACGUCCUCAGACAGGAAGCCGCUGGGACGCCUCCUGUCCUGGACCUCAGACCGGACAGGGAUCCCCGAGGAUGGGGAGAUGGAGGGCAGGGAGGAGAGAGGACACAGCUCAGGUGGCGCAGAGGCGGCAGGCAGCGAGCGGGACGCCGGCUGGGGUCGAGUGUGUGUUCUGCUCCAGAGGUUGGGGAAGAAAGCCGACAGCAGGAGCCUGAGCCUGGCUCACUGUGACCUCACUGCCACAGACCUGCUGGAGCUCGCGACGUUGCUGCAGUUCCUCCCUCAGCUGGAGGAGGUGGACGUCUCCUGGAACGAGCUGAUUGGCGGAAGUCUGAAAGCGCUGACCUCUCACCUCCAGCAUGUGGGCGGGAUCAGAGCGCUGAGGCUCUGCAGCUGUAGGCUGAGUGCUGAUGACAUCACUGCGCUGGGCGACGCUCUCGGCUGCGUGCCUUACUUGGAGAUCCUCGAUUUAUCCUGGAACGGUGGCGUCGGGGGCGGCGCUUUGCAAGGCCUGCUGGGUAAACUUCAGCCACCACUGCGGGAGCUCCACCUGGUGGCCUGCCAGCUCACUGCGGCUGAUGCUACUGCGCUGGGAGGAAUGAUGUCUGCCCUCCACAGACUCUGUGUGCUGGACGUGUCCUGUAAUCCUCAGCUCACACAGGAAGUUGAUGCUGGCGGCUUCAGAGAAAUGGCGUCCUCUCUCUCCCACGCCGCCUCCCUCACAACGCUUCGAUUACAGGCCUGCGGUCUGACGACGGACAGCCUCGAUGCUCUUGGUGGUUCGCUCCGCUGCCUCCCCUCAGUGCGAGAGUUGGACCUGUCCUGCAACAAAAGUCUGGCUGGAGGACUGAACCACCUCACCCUCCACCUGGAGAGCCUCACACACCUGGAGAGCCUCGACCUUCACCUGUGCUGUCUCACACACACUGACCUGGAAGCCCUGAUUCAGGUGCUUCCCUCUCUGACGGCGCUGACUGAGCUCGACGUGUCGUCCAAUAAGGAGGCAGGGGGCGUGGUCCACUCGCUGGUGUCCGCCCUCCCUCUGACACAGAUGAGGCGUCUGCCGCUCAACAGCUGCAGCCUGAACGAGGAGUCCUUCACUGCUGUCGCCUUGGCCGUGCCGUACCUCCGCAGUGUGGAUGUUUCCUGGUGUAAAGUGGUUGGUGGUCAUUUAGCGCUGCUCCUCGAUGCUUUGCAGCCGUCAGUCAUCCUGGAGCUCCGCCUCAGCAGCUGUGACCUCACCACGGAUGACCUGCGUCACCUAGCUGCAGUGUGCAGACGUGGCUGUCUGUCCUCUCUGCGAGUCCUGGAUCUGUCCUACAACGGCUCGGUAGGUGAUGACGGCUGGUCUGCCCUGUUCGCAGCAGGAGGUCUGGGCUCUCUGGAGGAGCUCGACCUCAGCCUCCGACCUUCGACCUCUGCUCCCCGCUCGGCCUGGCUGCCGGCGCUGCUCUGCGCUCUGCCUCGACUGCCUGCGCUGACUCGCCUGGCGGUGCGGCGGUGGAGGAUCAGCUCUCAGGACACACAGCAGCUGAGCCACUGUCUGGGAAAGAGGGGCGUCCUGCUCGAGUGGGAUCCGCCAAAUAAAGACGCAGCAUCGUCAUUUAAGGCGACCAAUCAGGAGAGCCCAGAGGAGGGUCGGCCUGAGGAGUAGGGAUUCAAAAAUCCUGAAGAUGCUGAACAGAAGGCUGCUUACCUGAUAUCACAUGUCACUAAUGAAGGACAGCUGAAUUAAAAACAUUACAGCACUCAUUAAAUGCACUCUGAGCCUUUAACAAACACGACUGCACCAAGUAACAAAGUCACGGAUGAUUUCUAAAAUUGUGAUCAACGUUUUUCUUUUAAAUACACAAAAAAAACAAACUGUAGAUUUGAUAUUACUGAAUGUUGAUGAACAAUAACACUGAGUUAUGACCCAGUUUUAUAAAUCUGUGAUGAAUUCAGAAGCACUGAUGGAAGUCUAACAUGCUAGCUCAUGUUACUUUUACAAGCUUAAAUGUUUGCAGUUUACAUUAUGCACACUUCUAGCUGUAGGCUAAACAUUAAAUGAGACAGGAUGGACAUUUUGGAUUCACCUUUGAUUAAAAAAAUCUC